CGGAAGAGUGCCCAAUGGUGAUUGGUUGCAGAGGGAGGUCGCUGCUGCCUAGCCCUCUACUGUAGGUAUAAAUCCACCGUCUAGUUCUCAUCAGGGAAACCUCUACUGGAACUGUCUACUCUCCCACUGUACUUGACUAUUGAGAAGUUAGCAUUUUACUCUAAAACAGAAGUCUACUAAGGUGAAGUAAAACGUUUCGAAAAUUAUUCUUGCUUUGAUUGUCUUGGUCUUAAAACCUGAAACAGAUGUGCUUGUUUGACUGAUUCAUAUUUUCUAUUUAUAGGGUCAGUGAUUUUAUACGUUGUAAGUGCUUUUAAAUAAAAUUAUGAUAAUAAAGAAUUAAUUUGUAGUAAGAAAUAGUAAUGUAAUUAAUUAUGCUAUUAUAAGCACCUGUCUGGUUGUUAUAAGACACACUUACCACCAGUUUUUUUCUUCUUCAGUAUUCAUCCCUAAGUUUGUAUUUUGUCUUAGACAAGGGCAGUCUACUCCCUUGCUUGCUUAUAUAGGUUUAUAUUGAUGUUAUUUCUGUAGUGCUAAUAGAGUGAUAUUGAACUCAACCUUCAAUGAGGGUGAUGUUCAUUGAUAUGGAGCUCAUCCUCUAAUGCUUGGAUCCACUGCUGAUCUUUGUGAAUUAACACUAAGUGCAUGAACUUAGUUUAUUGAUGUUAAGCUCUUCCUUCACAGUUAUACAGUAUAUACAUAUUUUUUGUUAUCCAAUGUUUUUAUUGUUUUAAGUAAGGUAUACAGUUAUUGAAUUAUUGAAAUAUAGUGAAUUAAUUGUGUAUACAUGUCCAUUGUUCACACUUGGAACAUAGAUUAAUUCCUCAACUUGUCUGUCCUCAGCUAGAGAAAUGAAGAACCCACAGGAGAGAGCUCUUCACGUGGCCACCCCACUGAGGGAGAGCCUUGCCCUGACCAAAGUGGCAGGCACCUCUGUCUACCUGAAGCUUGACUCAUCCCAGCCCACAGGAUCCUUCAAGAUCAGGGGCAUUGGACACCUUUGCAAGACAGUGAGUGAAUCACCCAUACCUACAGAUUAGGCUCAUGAGUUAGGAAAGGAAAAGGAUGUGGGUGGAGGGAGGGUGUGCUUGUGAUAAGACUGGGUGAUGGUAUUACAUAAUAGGUUGUGCUAGUACGCAGCAAAACAACAUGGGGUAGUGGGUUGGGGGUGUGGAUGGUGAGGGGGAUUGUAUAUAUAUAGCAUGUUCCCAGUAGGACCAGUCCAGACUAGUUUGAGUAGGUCAGUCCAAGUCUGAACACUGGGUUGUCUUGGCAAUGUGGGGGAGGGGGGGCAGGAUUUUCAAUGUGUGGUCCUUGAGCUCUUCUCGUAAAGGGGAACAGAACUGUGAGUCAUGUCAUGUGCUCUUUGUUGUCUUUCAGUGGGCCGAGCGAGGCUGCGAGAGAUUCGUCUGCUGUUCAGGUGAGCAACCAAUCACAGCCUUACCUUGAAAUCACCAUUAAAUGUUUUAUCACAAUACAAUAAGCAUAUAAUUAUCUCAGAAUUCUAUAUGCUUAUGGGAUCUUUCAGACAAGCACUCUCUGUAUAGUAUACAUUUUCCUAAAGUGGCCGAUAUCAUUGCUCCAUCACAGGAGGAAAUGCUGGUAUGGCCGCUGCCUACUCUGCCCGUAAACUUGGUGUACCUGCCACAAUCAUUGUGCCCAGUGUCACCCCCAAACCUACAGUGGAGAGGCUGAGGGACGAGGGCGCCAAUGUGGUCAUUCAUGGCAAGGCACUGAAUGAGAGCAUUGAAUAUGGACAACAGCUUGUGGCCAACAACCCUGGAUGGAUCUUCAUCUCUCCCUUUGAUGACCCUCUCAUCUGGUGAGUGACAGAUACCAUAUCAAUACACUUCCGCAACAUCAGUGUUGCCCUAUUCCCUGUGUGUGUAAUCUUAGUAAUAGUAAGAGUCUUCCAUGAAAUGAUGAGGAAAGCUGAUAAGGGAUAAGAAACAUUCCACUCUAUUCCAGUCCAAAUGAAACUUGGCAUUAAGGCAUAUUUUGUUAUGUACAUAUAUGAUGUGUUGGGUCCUGAGUGUUAUCGUGCUUUGUGCUAUGAUAGGAUGAUUGGCAGAAUGUAGAAGGAUAUCUUAUCAUGCAAUUUUGUGCUGGUGUUAACAAGAGGAGGGAUUUCACAUAAUUUAAUUCUACAAGGUUACUGAACCCUUUUUGGCAGCCAGAUGUUUAUGGUUUAUUUCAUAGCCAAACACUAAUUAUACACCUCAGCUGAAUACACUUCAUUGUUAUCAGCAGCAUUAUAAUGGAACCAGCAGCCUAUGUCUUUUCAUGGACGAUUUACAACAUAGCUAAGUUUGAAAGAUUGCUAGUGUUCCAUUCCAGCCAACAUAGAACGCUGUAUACAAAGCAGAUUCAAAGGACUGUUUUGCAAUGCAUCAUGAUGUGUUUUGUAAACUGAAAACUCACUUUUUCAAUCUCUUUUCAAUGUUUGUGUGUAGGGAGGGCCACGCGUCUCUGGUGAAGGAGCUGGAGUCCGAGCUGCAAGAGAAGCCUGGGGCGAUGGUGUUGUCUGUUGGCGGUGGAGGCCUCAUGAAUGGGGUUGUCGAAGGACUGCGCCGCGCCGGCUGGGACGAUGUUCCAGUCAUAGCUAUGGAGACUGUGGGGGCACACAGUCUCAAUGCUGCUAUGAUGGCUGGGAAGUUGAUCACUCUGCCUGAGAUCACAAGGUAAGAGUCACCCUCACACUGAGAGACCAGAGUCACUGAAACAUUACAGCCAAACAGUCAUAUUUUCGCACAAAAAAAGAAUGCGAGCCCUGUGCACAACAACAAUUCUAUCAUUUUCAUCUCCACAGCAUUGCCACCACGUUGGGCCUGACAAGAGUAUCUGCACAGACCCUGAAACUUGCUGGCGAACACACAGUUUACUCCGAGUUGGUCACAGACCAGGAGGCUGUCAAAGCUGUUGAGCGCUUUGUUGGUGAGUAUAACAUACAGUAGGCUACAGCUGUGUAGAGGGUCAUAUGAUUACUAUACCUAGACAUGCCCACAAGCCUCUCUGAUACUAAAUUCCUAUUUCUCCCUCCUCCUCCUCCAUCUCCAGACGAUGAGAAGGUCCUGGUGGAGCCUGCGUGUGGCGCUGCCCUGGCAGCUGUGUACUGUGACAUCAUCCCAAGACUGCAGAAGGAGGGCAAGCUGGCGCGAGACCUGGGACCUGUGGUGAUCGUAGUGUGUGGAGGCAACAACAUCAGCAUGAAACAGCUCCAGAAACUGAAGAAGCAGCUGGGCAUGUCAUCUAGCUAGGCAGACAGACAGACAGACAGACAGAUGGCUUUGGGUCCUGCUUAGCCUUUUCCAUCACGCCAUUCCUCUAUUACCCCGAUCCUUCCAGUUGUAGCUCCCCUACUCCAUUGGGCACUACCAAUAAGGGCAUCCGAACAGAAGUCAUGAACUCCAUGGGGCCAAAUCAUUCCAGACUGUGUUCAGUAUAGGCGUACUCUUGAACUCCUGAGAGGGGCUGAGACUGAAGGAUUAACUGACUAUGGAUUCAUCAAUAGCCUAAUGCUAAGAUAGAUACGCAUUGAUAGGCAUACAGAUAGUCUACUGAUCUGGCAGUAGUAGUCUUUGAAUUGAAUAACCUAGAUCCACAGGCGGCCGGUGGCACCUUAAUUGGGGAGGACGGGCUCAUAGUAAUGGCUGGAAUGGAAUUAAUGGAAUGAUAUCCAACACCAUUCCAUUGACUCCAUUUCAGCCAUUAUUAUGAACUGUCCUCCCCUCAGCAGCUUCCUGUGCCUAGAUCCCUCCAACUCAACUCUAAACCUCGAAGGCAGUUCCACUGCUUUUGAAAAAUUAUUCUUCCCCUUUAAUCAGGGACUGAUUUUGACCUGGGACACCAGAUGGGUGCAGUUAUAUCAGAUAUAACUGAAAACCAGUAGUAGUCCAGACCUCGUAGGGUAAGAGUUGAAUACCCCUGACCUAGAUGAUUCACUUCUUGGGUUAAAGUUAAUCAAGUAGAGUCGUAUUGUUGUUUGUAUUUAGCAUGUUUUAUGUUCAUGCAAAAUAUACAAUUGGUUGUAUUUUCUUCACCCCCUUUUGUACUGUAUGAGUGAUAUUUAAAAAUAAAUUAUAUUUAUUUUUCCUGAAUAUCCUGUCUGGAACACCUUUUCUUAUAAUCUGUGUUAUGAAUUUACUAUUUAGAUUAUGGUUAGGCUUAUUUAUAAAUCCACCAUGGGUUUCUCAACUUUCUCAACUCAUUGUUCUAUUGUGUGCAAAUAAAUAAAUAAAAACUACUAAAUUAAAUUAAACUAAAUUAAACUGAAACUU